CCGAGGUGGGCAUGGGUGGAGGGAGACCAUUUAUUCUUCACAGGAGCUCCCACCGUUCAGAGACACCCCCCUCUUUUCAUCCUAGCAGGUUCUCAGGACCGUCUACAGACCACCAUGAACUUCUUGAUCCUGACACUAGCUUUGGCCAUCGUCACAGGAUCUCAGGCUUUUGUCCUCCGAGAUGCCCCGGCCCCACCUUCCAAGACGGCACAAUUAUUCGAAGCAACAGACACAUUCUUUGAUAAUAUUGAAAAAGCCUUGGAGAAGAAGUGGGAUCUGAUCACGGAAUCCAAGACUGGCAAGGCAGUGACUGAGGUCUUAGACGAAGAUGAUGAUGACGACGCCAGCCCAGAUGUCGAAUUAUCUGCAGACGUCCAGGAUACCCUUGAUAACCUGGUCGGCCUUAUAGACAACGUUGGCGAUAUAGCAGAAAAACUGUUUGAUUUUAUGGACGAAGUGGAAAAUGCCUCAAAGCCGAUCCUGAAAAAAAUAGAUGCCGCCGUCGCCGAUUUGCUCGCCCCUUAUUUUGACCCCGUGCUCGAGGAACUAGAGGCUCACCUGGCGCCCCUGGGCCGGAACCUGGCCAACAGGCUCAGGGAGAUAGACCAUAACCUGGAGGAGAGGCUGAAGGCCCACCUGGAGGUUCUGGACAGUAAAGUGCCUGAACAGGUCCAGAAAUGGAAAGAAAGCCGGGCGUCUCAAAAGAAGGCCAGGAAGUGACAUGAAAAGCGGUCACCUAGAAGCUGAGGUUUCGUAACACAUUCAUUCUGGAGAAGAGGAUGAUGAAUUGCUUUUAAAAUUGACUUUGGGUAGUGAUUGGGCAGUUCCCUGGGGUUCCCCUAAAUCCUGCUCAUCACUAAGCGUUGACCGAAACCUGAAAGGGAUUAUUGCAAUAAUUGGGUGGGGUGUUAAUCUGUGAACUCCUCUCCAGGUGGUACAAUAAAGACACGUCACUCACCAGG